UAAUUUAAAACGUUUGUUAAAUCGACAUCCUAAUAAAAUCAUAAUCAUCUAAAAUUAUUUAAUUCGCAGUUCCAAAAGAUGAUAAAUUAUUAUUUGAACUAUAUAAAAUUGUAACCGCAAAAUUCUUGCCUACUCGAGCGCAAUAGUAUGUCGAUUCAAAGAUUUGAGGUUAUCCCGCUCCGGCAACGUUGUAAAGCUGAUAAUGUGGUAUUCAACAUGGCCGCGUAGUCAGUGUUGUGUGUGCUAGUUAUUGUGGAUUGAAUGGAUUAAUUCGUGAAUUAUGCCGAGAAAACGAAAUGGUGAGAUUCCAUUGCCCGACGGUUGGGAUUACGGACGGGACUAUGAUGGAAAAGUUUAUUUCAUCGACCACAUAUCAAAGAAAACUACGUGGAUUGACCCCAGAGACAGAUAUACCAAACCUCAAACUUUCGCCGAUUGUAUCGGUAAUGAAUUACCUUUAGGUUGGGAAGAAGCUUUCGAUGGCCAUAUUGGUCGGUACUAUAUUGAUCACGUAAAUCAAGCAACGCAACUAGAAGACCCACGACAAGAAUGGAGGGCAAUACAAGAAGCCAUGUUAAGGGAAUACCUCAUAACCGCUCAAGAUGUUUUAGAAGCCAAAAAAGAUAUAUAUCAAGUCAAAUCUCAGAGACUUCUCUUAGCUCAGGAUGAAUAUAAUCACCUCAACAACGCCUUAACAAAUCUUAACACUUCCAGGACUAGUUUGUGUUCGUCUAGCAGCAGCGUUAGCACGAAGUACGAUCCUGACCUUUUAAAAUCGGAUGUAGCUUUAGCGAAAAACAGGGUGUCCAGAUUAAAAUCGGAAUUAGAACAAAUUAGAAACGAAAUGACGUAUACACAGAGAGGUGUAGAAACAUUAACCAAUGUGGAGCAAAAGCUUAGUAUGCAACAGGGGGCCUGCUACAACAUAUCAGAAGCACAAGCUAUCAUGGUCGAACUUAGGAAUAUUCAAAAAUCGCUUUCUUCGGGAGAAAAGGAAAAGGCAGACCUUAUGCAGUCCCUAGCCAAACUCAAAGAUGAUCUUACUAGGCUGCAGCUUUCGGAAAGUUCACCCGACAUAUCUACUCUCAGUUUACCUCAAGAGAAGCUCAGCACAGCUUCACAAACUGAUCUGUCAUGUGAAUUGGUUCCGAUUGGUACUAGAUUAGCCGAAAUGGCCAAAAUGAGGCUAGAAUAUGACGAAGCUAGGAAACGUGUACAACAUAUUCAACAAAAAUUGGCAGAUCUCGAAGAAAAAGUACAACCGGGACAGUUAGAAUCUGAUAAAGACAGACUUUUACUAUUCCAAGAGAAAGAACAGCUUUUACGUGAGUUAAGAAGUAUAACCCCGCGUAUGAGGUCAAAAGAAGAAAUGAGUGAUAUACAAUUAGAAUGUAAGAGAUUAGAAGAUGAUUUGAACAAAGCUUUAGAAAUUUCCAAUCGAGCCAUUGCUGAUCGAUUAAGGCUGCAUGAAGAAAAACAACUUCUACUUCAACAAUUGAAAGAUGGUUUACGGCAAAUGACGCAUUUAGAAUCCCAGUUAAAAACCCUAUCAGCCAGUACACUGUCUGUUAGUAGUAGUUCUAGUCUAGGUUCUUUAUCCACAACUAGUAGCAAAGGAUCUUUAAGUUCAGGAUUAAGUUUUACAGACAUUUAUGGCGGUCCCCAGUGUAUGAGUUCCAAUAAUAUGGAUAAACCCAUCGAUAUGGCAGAUUUACAUAAACGGGUUGAAAGACUAUUAAACAGCGAUAGUACAAACCAUAUCCCUUCGCCUAGUAGAUCACAACCUUCUUUAUCUCCUAGAAGUUCGCUUAGUUCAGUUUCACCUCCAGUAUCUCCAAUGUACGAGAAUCUCCCUAGUAUAGUGCCUCCCCCCACUUACGAUCAAGUGAAGAGGGAGAGGAAACUACAAAUAGAUGAACGAUUAGUGGAACUAAGACUCUCUAACCCUUCAAUCGCGAGUGCUGGAAACAUGGAGUAUCAUCAAAGAAGCUCUUUUCCCAGUUUGUUACCUUUAACAGAUCUCUUGGAAGCUCAAGCUAGCAAUAUGUCGCAGGGCUCCGGAUUGGGAAGGCCGAGCAGAUAUUCCUACGAAAGCUCAGGAGAUCCGCCUCUAUCCCCCAUCUCUGAAACCUCACCUGCAAUAGAUCACGACGAGAUGCUUCAAGGAGCCGCCUUAUCAAGGACGUCGUCGUCGGGAACGAACACUAGGUCGGUAUCGGCUGCAGUUAGUGACGAAUCUGUCGCGGGUGAUUCAGGAGUGUUCGAGGCUUCCAAUAGGAAGAGGGUGUCGUUGGGUUUCGUCUCUGACGUGGACGUAGAAACCGCACAAGUACAAAUUAAACUUAAAUAUAGUACGACUGAAAGUAUGCUCAAUGUUACGAUAGAGAAAGCAAGGAAUUUGAGUGCCCUUUUGAUUCCGAAUAAUUCAGAAGUGUAUGUAAAAACUGCCUUGUUGCCUGCGGCAUCAUCACAUCCUUCAGUAUUUUGUACAAAAUAUGUGAAGGAUCUGAAGAAGGCAACAUUUGCUGAUGCCUUUAAUAUACCAGUACCUGCAAAUAAAUUAUUUACAAAAACUCUACAAGUCAACGUGUGGAAUAGAAUGUUAGAUCAACAAGAUAAGUGUGUGGGGUGCGCCCAAGUGAGUUUAGCGGAUUUCAACAUCCAUAACGUUUCUUCAAAAUGGUACAACUUGCUAUCGUUACAAGAAGAAGUUUCGGCGGUAACCCACCUUAAACAGGAGUCUGAUGUGUCAGUUCGUGAAAGAUCCGAUGACAAGCACACCGGGAAAGAAGAAAGUUCCGACGACUCUACAAUAAUUUCUUCACAGACGUCAACUUUGACGCGAAACCAAGAAACCGUCUUCCCCCCAACGAUUAAUCUCAAUUUCGAGGAACUCUACGAUUGUUUCAAGAAUUCCGAGGAGUACGAAUCUGAAGAUUCCGAUGAGGACUUAGAGGAGGACGAAGAAGAGUGUGAAGAGGAAGGAAUAACGGUGGAAUUUAGACCCAGUGAAAAAUUAGAUGUAGUUUUGGAACAUGGUAUUGAUGGAGAACCGGAGUAUUUCGAUAAACAGACAAAUACUGAGUGUACAUUCCAUCCAGAGCAAGCCAAACAGAUGAGGUUACAAGCGUCGAAGCAAGCUGCUGUCGUGGACGAUAGAGGUGCUAUCAAAAGGUCACAAACCUUUUCUCCCAGCGCCCACGUAUCCAAGAACCAAUACAUCUGCAAACUGAACCGCAGUGACAGUGACAGCGCAAUGCCUUUGUACCGAAGAGGCGGCAAACCUUUCGAGAGGCACGCCGUAGAAAGGCGAUCACUACGCUUCCGCCGUCCGUCGGGCUCGAUGGCCGCUCUGUCGACGCCAAAAACACACACCCACCAUCCGACGACGGCGAGGACGUCCAUAGAUCUGGAACUGGAUCUUCAAGCCCAACACACCCGUUUGGAUAAACUUAACUGCGAGUUGGGAAGACUGAGAGAGCUGAAAGAAAGACUGGAAGUUGCCAAAGAGCAAGGUGAUACAGAAUUGGCUGGCUACUUGCUGGAAGACCGGCAGUUCCAAAAUUUGAUCGCCCAGGCAGAAAGUUGCAAAGCAAACAAAACAGUAGAAGAAAAGAAAGUGGAGAAAAUGUUGAGAAAGGUAUCAAAGGAGAUUUAUAAGCUAAGAAAAUCGAAAGCAGGAAAUGGCAAACCUGACGUCAUAUCGUUCCAAGAAAAAAUGGCAUUCUUUACUCGCUCCGACUCCAGUGUACCUUUCCUUCCAUCCCAGGACGAGUGCCAUCAACCAAUAGCCACAAUGACAGAAUGCCUUAAACGGCUAACUUGUGACGACAAACCAGUUAAUAUGGUUAGUGAAGCUAAAGAAACUCCUCCAAGCAGUUCUGAUCAUGAAAACGGUGGGUCGGAGAGGAGGUACAACUAUGUCGUUGACAGAGUACUAGGAGUUGAAGUUUAAUAUUUAUUAAAUAUGUAGAUAAUUUACUUAUUAAAAACGGGGUGAUAUUGGUAGAACAAACACUGGAUAUUCGAAAAAAAUGUGAUAUUUAUAUAAGCGAACAAACAUUAGGGAUUAUAAUAAUUAUUACUUACUGUGCAUAAAAGGCAAAAGUAGUAAGACUUUAGUAUUUUACUUGAGACUUAACCAACAAAUUAUUUAGUGGUUAACUAAAAUUUGACAUUUGACAUUUUUACGUUUGACUGCCCUGUUUUUUUAUUUUGACGACAAAGAGAUUUUGAUUUUAUAUAUAAGGAAAACCGCUUUUGCCGUUUACUCAUACAGAUUUGACGAAUUGCGAAACGAAAUUUGACAUUCAAUAUUAAGUAAGGGCAAAAACUGUGAUAUCCAUUGUUGUUCAAUCAAUAUUACAACGGCAAUGUAUAUAUUCUGUAUAAAGUUGUAAAUUCGUUUAUUUAAGUGUUCCAUAAUCUCAAGGUGCCACAGAAUAGUUUGUAUUUUUUUUAUUGUAAGGAGGCAUCUUCUAUGAAGUGUUCUUAACAUAUAUGGUACGGUGUUUUAAGACGUUGUAUGUGUUUUAUAGUUUAUUGAAGUUAAAAUCGGAUGUGCAGUGUUCUCUGUUAUUGAAUAAUAUUUUUUGAACAUAAUGAAAACGCACAAGUGUUAAACAGAAUACGUGAAAUAUGAUGAUCUAUAUUAUUAGACUGUUGAAAUGAUUAAUAAAUAGUGAUAAUUAUAGGGUGAAAAUAUGUCCCAAUAAAUUUUUGGAUCUGACUAUUAAUCUACAUCUGACUCUUUAUAUCCAAUGUUAUUUAUGUCUUUACUUAGUGAUUUCAUAUAAUAGAAUAAAACUUAAACGAAUUUUAACAAUAGUUCUAAACACACACGCCCAUUCCUUAUGACAACUGGCACUUGAUAAAAUGACACAUGACACAAUGUCAAGAACACAUCCAAAAAUGAAGAAUUUUUCACAUAUUAGGUUAUAAUUUGUUGAGAACGAUUAUUAUUUAUGUAAAAUGCGCCUAGGACGGCGCAUUUCUGGGAGCAUCUGGGUAUAAUGUUGAUCUUUAGUUCAAUUCGGGGACCUUUUCGGCUACUGAUUGCAUCUGGUAUACCCUUUUUAAUCAGUGAUAAUAUCAACAUCAUUAUUUUAAGGCUGUUGUAGAGCUAAUGCCUUCUGAACCACGCUCUUCCAAUCGUCUUCCAGCGAGAGACCAUGUUUUAGUCAUUUAGCCACUUGAGGACUAUAUAUUCAGCCAUAGUCCAAGAGGCAGCGCUGAAAAAUCUCUUUGAAUUUACUAAAGCUAGAUUUUUCACAGUUGAUUACUGUGAGUGUGUAGAGAAACAUACUGCGGUUGGUCAAGCGAAACGUAGAACAGGGGUUACUGAGAGGGUAUCAAAGUUGUUUUCCUACGAAGGUAAUUAAAUCCAUUUACUAAGGCUGAAAAUCAGUACACACAUUCUAAAUUAAAUAUAAAUAUGAUAUUAUAGUCGGUCAGCUGUAUGACGGGGCAGAGCCGGUCGGUCGGCCCCAGUGAAUGUACAGGGUUAUUCACUAUAUUUUGACCCCCUUGUAAACUGCUUUAUUCACAGAAUUAGAAAAUAAUGUAAAGUACAAAAGUUAUUCGAUUUUUAAAUUAUGAUUUUUUUGACAUAUAUAUCGUACUAGUGACGUCAUUUGAAAGGUUAUUCAAUUCCUUAUUCAGUAAUAUAAACAUUAACAUGAUUAAUUAUACAGGGUGUCCAAAAAAUUUUUUUAAAUUAAAAUAAUUGUUUAAAUAAUAAUUCAACAAUUUUUUUUGGACACCCUGUAUAAAUAAUGAUCUUAAUGUUUAUAGUACUGUAUAGAGAAUUGAAUAACCUUUCAAAUGAACUAGCACACGACCCCUAUUCUCAUUUAAAAAAAUAGUCGAUUACGUCAUCACGCCUAGAUGGAUGACGUCACUAGUGCGAUAUACAUGUAAAAAAAUCAUUAUUAAAAAAUCGAAUAACUUUUGUAUUUUACAUUUUUUUCUAAUUCUGCAAAUAAAGCAGUUUACAAGGGGGUCAAAAUAUAGUGAAUAACCCUGUACAUUCAUUGGGGCCGACCGACUAUAAUAGCUUUUAUUUAUAUUCAAUUUAGAAUGUGUGUACUGAUUUUCAGCCUUAGUAAAUGGAUUUAAUUACCUUCGUAGAAAAGCAACUUUGAUACCCUCUCGGUAACCCCUGUUCUACGUUUCGCUUGACCGACCGCAGUAUGUUGCUCUACACUCUACACAAUCACAGUAAUCAACUGUGAAAAAUUUAGCUUUAGUAAAUUCAAAGAGAUUUUUCAGCGCUGCCUCUCCGUCUGUUUUGAUAUUUUUAAAAAUGCUUUCUUUAUUACACUUGAUUUCCAUAGAAUGAUCAAAAUCUUUGUUAAAUACGAUUAUAUCGUUGUUUCAAGAUACGUAUCUUUACUCUAUCGAGGCUUUGACUGCGCUCACAUAUUUCUCCAGUUUGGUUUUGAUUUUGGAUAUUAUAUUUGUUUUGUCCUUUUGAUAUUCAAAGAUGGUCCGUAUUUUUCACUGGUCUUGGAAACUAUCCAUAAUCUUUCGAACUUCGUCAAAACUGGCAAAAAAUUCCUAUAUCGUCGAUACUUCUUCUGUUAUUUGCAUGUUCUUUGUUUACUUUAAUAACACCUCUUAAAAUAUUGUUUCUGAAUAUAAUUAAAUAAUAAAGGUUAUUAUACCAUAUUUUUGAAAUCUGUGGGGAUAUAUGCCGAUACUAUGCUUUCCGUCUCAUGUAUGCUGCAUAUCUUUAAUUGGACUAAACGUUCCAGUAUAUUGAGUAUUUUCCUGUGUAUUUUGCUCUUUACGAUUUAUGAUUAUACAUAUUCGGAUUUUUAACGCACGGAUGAGAAAACAGGAAUGAGGAAUAUAAAUGAAUAUGUUUAAGAGAGGUUCUUUUUUUAAAUAAAACUAAAAUUAAA